AUGUCUGUUAAUGAAGGGAGCAAGUCGCAGGACCCAGACGUCCUGCAAGAGGCUUGCAUCGAGGAUGCUGGUCAAUUGCAGAAAGAUACGAUCCAAGGCAUCCGCCAGCCACACAGCGAGAUCUACGCCGAGGCGCUUUUGCGAUUUCCCACCGACGAGCACAUCGAUAAGCUAGAGGAAGCCCGUUUACGACGAAAGCUCGAUCGCAGGAUCUUACCAUUGCUGGGUAUCUGCUACUUCUUCUACUAUGUCGAUAAAACUACACUCUCGUAUGCUGCCAUUUUCGGUAUCAAGACCGACUUGGCACUCGAUGCCCAGGGUUACUCUUGGCUGUCCUCUCUGUUCUACUUCGGCUGGCUCUUCUGGGCCAUACCGUCGAACUUGAUUAUGCAGCGUUGCCCGCCGGGUUGGUACUUGGCUGGGAACAUAUUCAUGUGGGGAGCACUUCUGAUGGCACAGGCUGGAGCGCAGAACUUCGGCGGCAUUGCAGCUCUGAGGAUCCUCUCCGGUGCCUUUGAGGCCAUCGCUGACCCAGCAUUCAUGCUUAUCACGAGCAUGUACUACACAAGAUCCGAGCAGCCGAUCCGCAUCGCCAUUUGGUACUCAUUCAAUGGUAUCGGUGUUGCUGGUGGUGGUCUAAUAGGUUAUGGUAUCGGGCAUAUCAAGGGCGCGCUGCAGCCCUGGCGCUACGAGUUUCUCAUCGUCGGGGCAUUCUGCACCUUCUGGGCCAUAAUUCUUUUCAUCUUGAUACCAAACUCGCCUGUGACUUUCCGUGGUUUCAGCCACGAUGAGCGUCUCAUGAUGAUUGCACGUAUGCGUCAAAACCAAACGGGCGUUGAACAGCGGCAUAUCAACUGGGGCCAGGUCAAGGAGGCUUAUGGCGACUACAAGACCUGGCUCUUCUUCUUUUUGGGAUUCGUGAGCAACGUUCCCAACGGAGGCAUAUCAAACUUCUCGACCCUCGUCAUUCAGGGACUGGGCUUUGAUACGCUACAUACCGCACUGUUGGGUAUCCCCCAGGGAGCACUGGUCGUGAUCUGGAUCGGCCUAGGCGCGAUCUGCAACCACUACAUGCCCAAGAAUUGCCGCAGCCUCGUGAGCGCCCUUUUCAUGCUGCCAACCAUUGCAGGCGCGCUCGGAUUUCUUCUCGCUCCAUCGGAUGCAUACAUCGGGAGGCUUAUAUGCUUUUAUCUUACUGGUUCCUACCAGGCCUCUUUCGUCAUUUCUCUGUCGCUUGCCAUCGGAAACACCGGCGGCCAAUCUAAGAAGAUGAUUGUGGCCGGUAUGAUGUGGUUCGGUGCCUGCGUCGGCAAUAUUGCAAGCCCGUUCUUCUACAAGUCUGAGCAGGCACCGAAGUACAGCCUGGGCAUUGGAUCGCUGCUGGUGUGCAACUUCAUCGAACUUGGAUUGUUUUUUGUCUUCAGGUACGCGUUCAUGUGGGAGAACAAGCGCAAAGAGCAAAUCAGGGAGCAGAUGCGGCAGAAUGGCGAACUUGAGGCUGUGAACCAGACUGCAUUCAUGGAUCUUACCGACAAGGAGAACCCCAACUUCGAGUACAUCUAUUAA